AUGGACCGUCGGUCUCAUGGACCCCGAACGUCAUCAACCUCACAGCCAGCGACUAAUCCCCGGGUCAGCGCCCCAAGCUUCCUCGGCUCCCCGCAGGACGAUGUACCUCGUUUUGUACCUUCCUUACCAUCCAGUCCUGUUGCAGAUGCGCCAAUCCAGGAGCCGGUUCAAUCAGUUGUGCACAGGGAUGACGAGGCUACACUGGCCGACGAGUGUGCCAUCCAAGACAAUCUCUCAACGGCUGACACCCAUUCGAUAACGGCAUCCCAGUAUGAAGCUCUGAUUCGCGAGGAGCUCGAGAAGACCUGGAUAUUAAAUCUUAGCAUGCACUUCCGGGAUCGUUCAAGAAGGGAAAAGUUCUUUGUCACAUAUCGGGAGCAGGAACAUAUUUGGCGGCGUGUAACCAUCUCCCUCGAUUACCGAGAUGCCCCUCCAAACUCACUGGAGAUGGACCUCAUUCACACUCACUACCAACGAGACAAGAGCGCCAAAAUUUACGAGGCUAUCCGGGAGAGCCUACGAGACAUUCAAUUCUACGACACUGUGACCAAUCUGAAACUUCAGACGACUGAUGGGAGACUUCAUGUUCAUGUGGUUGAGGAUGGCAAUGAAAUUAUCCAAUACCCGACUGUUGCUCAGAUCAAGCACCUUGGUUGCAGGCGUAUUCGGGAAAAGGAUAUCGUCUUUGACUCGCACAUGUCGGGCUUCGUUUAUAAAGUCAAUGUUAAUGGUCAUACCUUGAUCAAGAAGGAAAUCCCGAGCCCUGACACGAUAGAUGAGUUUUUGUAUGAAGUCAACGCUCUCAACCGCCUCCGCCAUUCGCGCAACGUCAUCCAUUUCUAUGGUGUCGUAGUGGACGAUCACGAUGAGCACGUAAAGGGACUUCUCAUCAACUACGCCGACCAAGGAGCCCUCAUUGACAUCAUUUACGAGCACUGCAAAGACGGCGAUUACGACCUUCCGUGGUCAACACGCGAAAGAUGGGCUCGGCAAAUUGUUGAAGGGUUGUCCGACAUCCACGAGUCAGGAUUCGUACAAGGCGACUUCACGCUGUCCAACAUUGUCAUUGACGAGGACGGCGAUGCGAAGAUCAUUGACAUCAACAGGAGAGGGUGCCCAGUCGGAUGGGAACCCCCGGAAGCCACGCCGCUCAUUGAGAGCAACCAGCGGAUUACUAUGUACAUUGGUGUCAAGUCGGAUCUCUACCAGCUUGGCAUGGUGUUGUGGGCUCUGGCAACACAGGAGGAUGAACCAGAAUCACAGGGGCGACCGUUGAUACUUGGUCCCGAGGUGAACAUCCCAGAUUGGUACCGGCAAAUGGCAGAGAUUUGCUUGAGUGAUGAUCCGAAAAUGCGGCUCCAGGCGUCUGCUCUUUUGCACAUGUUCCCACGACCAGGGGAUGGGGAAGAAUGCGGACAGUUGAACCCCCCGCAAUCGACAAUUGACGAAGGUUACACGUUGCAGCAGUAUCUCGUUGACGGGUACCACCCAGACAGCCUUCCGCAGAUUAAGACGGUUGAGCCACCCAGCGACUGGUCCUACGUGAGCCGGCCAUACACAGACGCAAGCCCCACGGGAUACGAGCCGUACUACUACACACGUGGACGAUCACCCCCAAGUCCCCUGCCGAGCAACUAUGACGGAUGCGACGCCCCGCGAGGUUUGUACAACAUUGCUGCUUGGGCA